CACGAGUGUUGCCAGUGUCAUGUGACCACUGAUCGUUUACUGCCUUCAGCUGCGGCUGCCCCGACGAGAUACAGGAGUGAAUUUGCAGUGGCAGAAGUCUAAAAGUGACGAUGCAGGCAUUGUUGUUGUUGUUAUGUCACCUCCUGUUGUCAAUGCUGGACAUUGAUGCAGCGCCGGCAGCAGAUGAGAUCAACUUCCUGCCAGGUCUGCAUAAACAGCCAAACUUCAGGCAUUACUCCGGUUACCUGAACGUAGCAGAUGGGAAACACCUGCACUAUUGGUUCGUGGAGUCACAGAAUGACCCGUCCUCUGACCCAGUAGUGUUGUGGUUAAAUGGUGGGCCCGGGUGCAGCUCCCUGGAUGGACUCCUGACAGAACAUGGACCAUAUCUGAUCCAGGAUGACGGAGUGACUCUGGAGUACAACCCCUACUCUUGGAACACGAUUGCCAACAUGUUGUACCUGGAGUCUCCAGCAGGAGUUGGGUUCUCCUACUCUGACAAUAAAAACUAUACCACAAAUGACAAUGAGGUGUCGAUGAACAACUACCUGGCUCUGAAGAAGUUCUUUCAGCUGUUCCCCGAAUACAGCAAGAACCAACUGUUCCUCACAGGAGAAAGUUAUGGAGGAAUCUACAUUCCUACGCUGGCCGAGAGGGUGAUGGAGGACGAUGAGCUUAACCUCCAGGGAAUCGCGGUGGGAAAUGGUAUGUCCAGUUACCAAAUGAACGACAACUCCCUGGUGUUCUUCUCCUACUACCACGGUCUUCUGGGGACUGACCUGUGGACCAGACUGCAGACCUAUUGCUGCUCCAGUGGAAUCUGUGAAUUUUACAACAUCACGAACCAGAACUGCUCAGCCAGCGUGUCAGAGGUCUACGACAUUGUCUACAGUUCUGGACUCAACAUGUAUAAUCUCUACGCACCAUGUGCAGGAGGACUCGGUCAGAGACUGAGUGUUGAAAAGAGUCAGCUGGUGAUCAGAGAUAUGGGAAACUCAUUCCUCAAGCACCACUGGACCAGACAUUGGAACCAGAAACUUCGGGAAUUGGCUUCGCUCCCCCUGUCGGUGCAUCUGGAUCCACCAUGCACCAAUUCCACACCUUCCACCCUCUACCUGAACAACCCAAUUGUCAGGGCUGCCCUGCACAUUAACCCGAGGGCCCUCAACUGGAGCAUCUGCAGCUCUGACGUCAACCUGAACUACAGCCGAGUUUACACUGACAUGAAGAAACAGUAUGAGAAGCUGCUCGAUACCCUGAAGUACCGAGUUCUGGUCUAUAACGGUGACGUCGACAUGGCCUGUAACUUUAUGGGGGACGAGUGGUUCGUGGAGUCGUUGCAGCAGGAGGUGAAAGUGGAGCGCCGACCGUGGUUCUACAAUGACGACAGGGGGCGCCAGGUUGGUGGCUUCGUAAAGGAGUUUGAAAACAUGGCCUUUGUCACAGUCAAGGGUGCAGGUCACAUGGUUCCAUCUGAUAAACCAAUUGCAGCUCUGGACAUGUUCAAUAGCUUCAUCAAGAAAAUACCCUACUGACGUCUGAACCCUGCUACCUCCUGGCCAGUCAGAAGUGAAGCGUUGGCCCAUUGUGUUGUCAUAGAAACAAGCACUGCCAUUUGAAAAUUCACACAUCAAAAUAAAUUGUUUUAUUAAAAAAAAA